AUGGCUUCCGCUGCCGCUGCUGUUGGCCCUGGGGUGCCCCUGUCCCCUGAUGAAUUGCUCCUGAAAGGCGAGGCAGAAAAGAUGGAAGAGGAGCUGGAAGAGGACGAUGACGAGGAGCUAGAAGAGACCCUCUCGGGGAGACUGUGGGGUCUGACGGAGGUGUUCCCGGAGAGGGUUCAGUCAGCAGCCGGAGCCAAUUUUUUUUUUUUUUUUUGGAGAGCCACUUUUGAUCUCUCCCUCUUUGUGGCUCAAAAAAUGUACAGGCUUUCAAGGGCAGCUUCGUGGACUGGGACCACUUCGUUUACGAUCCUGGUUCUUCUUCCUGUUGUCUUUGAGACUGAGAAGUUGCAAAUGGAGCAACAGCAGCCACUGCAGCAGCGGCAGAUACUUCUCAGGCCUAACACCCGCCAAUCGGGAGGAAUGCCAGGGGCCCUACCUUCACUUCCCAGAAAGAUCUUCACUGUUAUUGCUUAA